AUGAGCUUGGGAGCAACAGAUGAGCAAAUCGAAAAGCUGGCUACCGUAUGUUUGGAUGAUUUGGUGGGCAACUUUUUCAACCGAGAAGGUGGUCAGUUGAAGGCCAUAGGGGCUGGACUCAUUUCUGCGUAUGGAGAACUUGAGCAUGCUUGCUCGGACAAGCCAGAGCACCGUGACUUUGAUCCUGCUACCACAGCUGUGCAAAAGUAUGAGGAUAGCGAUUAUCAACCGUUGUACUUCGUAGCGAACAGCAUACAGGACGCACUUUAUAAACUGAGGUAG